AUGCAGCUCAUUGUCUCCACUUCAAUAGAUGACUCAGUCGUAUAUGGAGUGGCAGCAAAAGCGGUUGAUAAUUAUGUGCAAAUUGGGAAAAGCACUGGAAUUGAAAGUUUGAAACACUUUUGCAAUGGAAUUAUCGAAAUCUUUGGACCUGAAUAUCUUAGAUCUCCAUCAACAACUAAUACUGCUAGAUUACUUGCUAUUGGGGAAGUUCGUGGGUUUCUAGGUAUGUUGGGAAGCUUAGAUUGCAUGCAUUGGGAGUGGAAAUAUUAUCUAAUGGCAUGGCAAGGUCAAUAUGUAGGCCAUCAAAAAAAGCCAACUAUAAUUCUUGAAGCAGUAGCUUCUUAUGACUUGUUGAAUUGUCAUGAAUUUUUUGGAAUGCCUGGAUCACACAAUGACUUGAAUGUCUUGAAUCGUUCGCCCUUAUUUUAUGAUCUUACCCAAGGGAAAGUUCUGCCAACUAAUUUCAUAGUUAACGGUCACACUUACAAUAUGGAUUAUUACCUUGCUGAUGGUAUAUACGCUCCAUGGGCAACACUGGUGCAGACAAUCUCUUCUCUCCAAAGAGCAAAGAAGCAACAUUUUUAUAUAAUCGGCACCAAAAACUGCAAACCACAAGCAGAAAGCAAAACAAGUAACUGCACACAGCCAAUUGACCGAGUUGACAUCAGGCAGGACGACCAGCCAGUCAACCGGUGGCUUCAAUCUCCACUUGAACUGUAG